CGCCAUCUCCCCUGCGGACGGUCCAAGGAUGGCUUCUGUUCCCGCAACGGCAGUCAUUGAUGCACGCUCUCUCGAAAAGAACAAACUUGAUGGGAAAGCGAUAGUGUUAAUCGCCAUGUUUGCUGCCGUGGUCUUUCUUUUCUGUUGGUCGUUUGUGCAGCAGAGAUUUGGGCCGAGAAUAUCGGAGUGGUGGAGAAGCAAGACGCGUGGCCCAGUCCCAUCUCCAGUACUCAUCGGCUUGGAAGACAUAGUCAACAGAAUUAGGCCUCCGAGGUGGUGUUCUCCCCCUGAGCUGUCGAUUCACGAAGACGGGCAACAGCCCGAUCCUUUCUUACGACAGGAUGAGCAGCAAGUCGGAAGAGUGCGCAGAGCGAUCCCGCCAGUAUUUAUGAUUCGAGAGGUAACGUUGUCGACUGUUCGCCCGUCGAGCAAUUCAGUAAAGUCGGCCCCGGGUGCUAUAUCUCCUCAAGAGAUGCCGAGUACAGGUGCCGAAUGCAAUCCACCGAGAAUGCCAAGUACAAAUCCUAGCAGCGUUCUAGCGGAGUCGACUCUCGAAGUCACGAGGAAUCCAACACCGCCGAAUCUAGAGGUCGUGAGCACUCUUACACUGCCGAAUUCAGAUGCCGUGAGCACUUCGACAUACCCCGAUUCAGAUGCCGUGAGCAUUUCGACAUACCCCGAUUCAGAUGAUUUGAGCACUUUGACACUGCCGAAUUCAGAUGCCGUGAAAGCUUUGGCACAGACAAAGCCCGACCCAGAGGCCGUGAGCUCUCUAACACAGCCAUCUUUGGAGAAUACGAAUAAUCCAGCAGAGCCAACUUUGGAGACCCCAGAUAGUCCAACACUGCCGACGGUGUCUAUGGCGGAAAGCAAAAAUGUCGAAGACGGACCGGCAUGAUCGAAAUUGGGUACCUUGAGUCGAAAAGAUGCCACGCGCCUGCUGCUUGGAUAUCAACAAAACGGGGUGUUUCUAUUUCAAAAGAGAAAAAAAUUUUUUUUUUUUGAGAAUCGUAUAGCAGCGAAUGGUAUUCUCUAUGUCGUUGGAAUUGGUUGAGCGAUGAGCUGUAUAUAUCAUAUAUGUACUUGGAAGCGUUGGUGAGGCGUGGGAGCUCUCAUUAGUUGUACAGAUGGAAAUUGUGGUAUGGG